AUGCGAGGCAUUACGCCAGGACCUCUGAAAUGCAGGAAAACCCUGGGACUCAAUACUCGUUUUGAUCGGAUGCUGGCCCAAGUGCACGUCUCAAAUUCGUACAGUCUUGAUCCGAAAACGCGUCGAAAGCGUGCGCAUUCUUCCGGGUCUUCCUCUGUCAGCAGUUAUGAUCUUCCUAAGACACCCGGGCCUGUGGACGCAUACAGUCAUGAGGAUAGACUUGGAAGUGACUUCUCUGUGUCGAAAAUGAAUAACAGGGCGUCGAACCCAACAAAGUCUCCCUCAGUAUAUCGAAAGGGUUCUAAAGUAUGGCUACAAACAAAGGCCCUACCGAUGUGGCUCGCGAUUAAAUGGCCAAAGCAGGUGCAGAAAGUGUUCAACGCAGUGAUAUGCAUAGCCAUGCAGGAACAACCUUCAAACCCAGCUUGGCUAUCUCAAGGCAGAUGCGACGUAGCCAGAGAUUGGCCGGGGACACCUUUUGAUAUGGUUGCCAAGCACUCCGACGGAUACACAAGGCUGACUGUUCUCGGCACGAACAUCGACCCUUCCAGCGUAUCCUUCGCCCCACGCUGGCUUCAGCGUCGAAGAAGGCGAACCUCACCAUAUCUGGGACACUGA